AUGUGCCUCAAGUGUUUUCUGCUGCUUUUGACAACCACUCUAGUGACUGCCCACCAGGCGCCUGCUUUAUAUGGAUCCUUUACGAGCAAUCGCAUUAUUGGUGGCUCGAAUGAAGUCAUCGAGAACGCACCGUGGCAGAUCUCCCUGCAAUAUCUUGGAAAGCACGUCUGCGGGGGCUCUAUCUACAACAAAGAGAUCAUUGUAACUGCUGCACACUGUGUUGCAAGUAGGCUCCCUAAGGAUCUACAAGUCCGAGUUGGCUCUACGUACCAUAACUCGGGUGGUACAUUGGUCGGGGUAGCCAGAACUCUCAGCCAUGAACACUUUAACAGACCAUCAUAUGCAAAUGAUAUAGCCGUGAUACGCCUGAGUCAGCCGCUCACAUUCGGUACAAGCGUGCAGCCCAUAGCCCUGGCUAAGACAACACCUAGCAGAAAAACUUCCGCAACAGUAACCGGUUGGGGAAUAAGUAAAAAAGUGCCUGUGUCACCAACGCAAUUGCAAAGCGUAAGACUUCGAAUUAUGAGCCAGAAACUAUGCUGGAAAAUCAGCUUUGGGUUAAUAACUAACGAUAUGAUCUGCGCCUUUGAUUGGAAGAAAGGCGCUUGCAAUGGCGACUCUGGUGGUCCGCUCGUUGUCAAUAGAGAACUUGUGGGCGUCGUUUCUUUUGGAAAGUUUAUAUUCAACCGAGAGACCUUCAACAAGACCAACAACAGCAGAGUCUUCUGCAACAACUACUUCGAUAGAGCCUUCAACUACUUCGAAGUCAAAACCUUUAGCUUCAACUACUACUAA